AGAAUUCAAUUAAGAUAUUACACACUUAAUCAAAUAUCUAGAACCUAAAACUCACACUUAAGAUAACCACUCUUAAGAUAUAGAAUUAGGAAUUUGGCUAAAAUAGCAUCACACUAUUUUAAUAAUACUCAAAGAGUAAAGGGUUUUCAAUAUAUUCAAAGAUUGUUUACAAUGGCCAUAGGGCCUGAGUUUAUAUAGGUACAUAAAGGAGACUCUAAGAUAUUUACCAGUGUAUACUUCGCAGCGUACGUUUCCUUCGUUGACCUGCAGGUUUACCGAUGGAUGACCACCAGCUUAUCCCAGAGAUAACUCCACAAUCAAGAGCAUGGACAUGCAAAGUGACAAUUAUUGAGAAACUCAAUACUCGGGACUCAUUUCAAACCCCAGGGAAAAAAUAUAAGGCUCUGAUCAUGCAAGACACAGCGGGAAACAAAGUCAAAGGCAUGACAUAUAAUGAAGACAUCCUCGUCAUCGACGAACGCCUUCAACUGCAUGAAACUUACCUCAUCUCAAACGCUAAAGUUUCCCCAAUCACCAACAGUUUUGGUUUCCCCGACGACAACUAUAGAUAUCUACAGGUGGACAAUGAUCCAAGACUCUGAUCCGGACCAAAAAAUCAUUGUCCAGACUGCACUUCCAAUGAACAUAGAUCCAUUCUCUACAUUCUACAAUGCUAUGCAAAACAAGAAAAAGAUCACUACACUCGCAGUCAUAAUCUCCAAAUCUUCUCGAGAGUUUGUUAUUACAGGACAAGGCAAACAAAGAGCAAAUGACUUC